CGCCUAGGCACGUGCAGGUCACGCUACCGCGGGCUUCUCCAACCUUCGCCACAGCCUAGCGGUCCCCAGGUGCCCCACCCCCAGAGGCACUAGGAGGCCCCCGCGGGAAAGCCAGAGGCAGGGUAGUGGCAAACGCCACUGAUCCCCUUGGGUAAAUGGAGGCAGCCGACUUGGGCCCUAAAUCUGAGUCUCCCCCUCUCCAGGAACCCGACUUGGAGGCCUCUCCACCAAGCUCGGAGGUCACGUGCAUAGAGAAUGGCCCUUGUGAUCUCACUGUCAUCCAUUUUAACGAUGUUUACGACGUAGACCCAAGGGUUGAGGAGCCAGUCGGAGGAGCUGCCAGAUUUGCAACAGCUGUAAAAAAGUUCAAUUUCCUGAAUCCACUUUUAAUUUUUAGUGGAGACUGCUUAAAUCCUUCAAUAUUAAGUACAAUAACAAAAGGAAAACACAUGAUUCCUAUUUUAAAUGAAUUGGGAGUUCACUUUGCAGUCUUUGGAAACCAUGAAUUUGAUUUUGGUGUGGAUAUUUUGGAAGAAUAUAGAAGACAGAUGCAUUUCCCAUGGUUUCUCAGCAAUGUGUAUGACAAAUUUACUUCAGAACCUCUUGGACAUGGCAUAGUUAAAAAAAUAAUUAAAUGGAACAAUAUAACAAUUGGUUUAAUGGGACUAGUGGAAGAAGAUUGGCUAGAUACAUUAGCCACAGUUAACAAAUCAAAUCUAAACUAUAAAGAUUAUGUUGAAGUUGCUAAUCAAUUAUCUGUAGAACUUAAAGAAGAGGGAGCAGAUCUUAUCAUUGCAAUUACACAUAUGAAAUGGAUAAAUGAUACACGGCUUGCCCAAAAAGCUCAAGGAAUAGAUCUUAUUCUAGGGGGCCAUGACCAUGAGUAUGGAAUCAAGAAAGUUAAUGAUACAUGGAUUGUGAAAAGUGGAUCUGAUUUUAGGAACUUGACAAAGAUAAAUAUAAGACACUUUGGUACAUCUUUUCAAUAUAUAUUUGAGAAAUUGGAAAUUCGGAAUCAUUUGGAAGAAGAUCCACGUAUAAAAGCAAUAGUAAAAGAUUAUACCCAAAACUUACAGUAUAUGUUAAAAGAAGUUCUCUGUCCAAUUGACAUGGAAUUGGAUGGACGUGCAAUUACUGUAAGAAGAUCAGAGAGCAACCUGGGAAAUCUAGUAACUAAUGCAAUGUUGGAAGCUACUCGUGCUGAUGUAGCACUACUUAAUUCAGGUACUCUUCGUUCUGAUCGAAUACAUCCAGCAGGGGAUUUCACUUUGCAUGAUCUUUUGGCUAUUCUUCCCAUAGUGGACCCAGUUCUAGUUGUCAGAGUAACAGGUGCACUGCUGCUUGAAGCACUUGAAAAUGGUGUUUACAAAUACCCAGAUCUUGAUGGGAGAUUUCCUCAAGUUGCAGGAAUGGAAUUUGGAUUUGAUCCAGAGGCAGAGCCAGGACACCGAAUUAUACGUGACACUGUAAAAAUUCAAGGACAAUACUUAAGGAAAAAAAAAGUAUAUCUUCUUGCUAUUAAGGAAUACAUUGCAAAUGGGAAGGAUGGUUAUAUAAUGCUUAAAAGUUGUCCUCGAAUGUUUGAUACAGAAACUGCACAGACACUUUCUACAGUGGUUCUCAAUCACUUUGAAUCAAUCAAAAUUGUGCAGGGUAGGAAGCAGUGCCUUUCAGGCCAUCGAAUGAACUUAAUUACUAUGUCUAAAUCAGCAUCAUUUACAGCCUUUGAAGAAAAAUCAGAUAAAAGAACAGAAGUAAUGGCAGUACCUGGUAUAGAAGGAAGGAUUUGCCAUAUUUCUCAAGAUAUGAAAGAACAUUUGAGGCAACUCAGAACUGCAAGAAAACAAGGAUUAAGAACAUAUCCUACAAUUAAUGACAAUUCAUGUGAAAUUUCUGAUUCUGACUGAAAUGCCAUAAGUAAUAUUUGAAGCCUAAUUACAGAACAUUUUGCCAAUUAAUGCCAGAAUAUAUUUCACUUAGCAUACAGUCUUGGUAUAUUCAGGUUUAAUAAGAGCAUGUUUAAUGCAUUUUGAUUUUUAAAUUGUUUAAAUUGUGAUUUUUAUCUUACCGUUAUCACUCUGAAAGUUUUUGUUUCUGUUCACCUUUAUAGCUUAUCAAGACAUGUAAAGAAAACCAUUGUCUCUUGAGUGUGUCAUUUGGGGGGAAAUGUAUAUACUUUGUGUAGAUAUUUUCUGUUGUGUUUAUAUUAAAUGAACGAAUUUCAUACUGUUAUUUUCCACAUUAAAUGAUUCUUAUGCCCACAUUUCAAAGUACUGAUUUAUAUAUCUAAUCCUUUCAUAAUAAUUUUGUUUUUAUCCUACUUUUCAGUAUUUCUUUUAAUAUAAAUUCAUCUUGUAUUUUGUCUUUUAAAAAUUUGUUGUAUAUAUGCUUAAUUUCUUUACAAUAGUCCUUUUCCUUCUAUCACUGAUUUCAAAAAGGACCCACUGAUUUUUCAGAUUGGGGCACAGACUUAUCAGCUCCUUGAAGACAAAUACAGAAAAAAGUAAGUCUGUGACAUUAAUUAACACACUUAAUUUUCUCGGUACAGGCUUGCCUCUACUUGCAAACCAAUACUACUUUUGGUCCUCUGUAAUCAAAACCCUCAUCACCGCUUCUAUGAAAGCUGGUGAUUAUUGUGAAAAAUUUGGGCACAUUUAAAAAUUUUAUAAAUAUAUGAAAAGCAGAAAGGGCUUAUGGGAACUGACCUGGCAUACUCCCAAGCAGUACUGAAUCUGUCCCAAAUGUUUUUUCCUAUGAUACAUGAAAAUUUCCACUUGAUUAUUACAUUGCUUGAAAUUUGAUUACUUUGAUUAAAUAAAUGUGUUUUUUAUUUUUUAAGUACAGAUAACUACAAAAGUUGAGGGCCUACAGCCUAUACACGUCAAUCAAUUUAAUCAGACUGCUUUCUUCCCAGCAUCUAGCUGAAAUCUAGAAGGAAUAGUAGGUGUCCUUGAGACUUAUAGGGAGCAGAGAAAGGCAUUAAUUUUAGUAUAUUUGUAAUAAAUAUUCAAAUCAAAAUUUGAGAUAGAUGUCAGAAAACCCAGGGUUAGCACUUUCCAUAGAUAGAAACAUAAUUAGAGAAAAGUAGCUAACUAGGGAGCCAAUUGUACUAUAUUCCAUUAAUACUUUUUAUCCCAGAAAGCAUCCCCCUAGCCCUCAGGAGAUGGAUCUAUCCAUAUGCUUUUUACAUGGAAUUAAUAUGUAACUACAUUGAAUAGACAUUCUUAAUAGAACUAUUAAAAGUAGGGAUUCAUUUAGUAGAGAGAAGAGCUCUGGUAGUGGAGUUGGGAUUUAUUUUCCUUUUACUUUGAAACCAGUAAUGAUCACAGAACCUCAAAGCAGAAUCCAUGAUGAUAGUGGAUAAUUGAUGUCCACGAUGGUUUCAGAUCUCAUUUCGGUGGCUUUCUUAGUUGCAUCUUAAAAUAAGAAUAUUUAGACACCUCUAACCUUAGAGGUGAGAUUUUUAAAAAGAUUUCACCAUAAAGGUUUCAUCUGAGGUAGGAGAACCUGGUUCCUAAGUGGGGUUUGGAUUGAAACCAAUAUUUUCAAUUGAGCCUUUGCUAAGAGCUGAGCAAAGAACUGGUUGCCUGGAAAUUAUAAUGAAUGCAGAAAAUCCUAUCCAAUCUAGGUUGGAGACGAAUCACAGAAAAGUUUAAAGACAAUGAAAAAAAUUAAAACAUACAAAGUGACAAACUGGUGGGGAUUUGGCUUAGCUACAUCUUAUACGCAUCACUCUAGGAACUGACAUGAUACAUUUCUAUCAUUUCUCUCAAUGAUCCAAAGAAAAUUACAUGAAAAGUUUCAGCUCCCUCUAAAACCACUUUAAGAACAAUAAAAACUGAAACAAAAGAUGAGCAAACAAAACACAAAGUUUCAUGCUACUGAUCUGUAUCACUUCACGGUUCUCUUAGAGCCCAUUCUGAGGGAAAAGGAAAGUCACUACUCUCUCUUGGUUUGGUGUCGAUCCGAGACUGGUCCCUUGGGUGAGUGUAAUCAUGAAGUUCAAAGCCUACGAAGAGUUGAUUUUCCAUUUCUAUUUUUUUUUUUCGGUCUGGGGUUUCUCAUUGUUUUUACAUUUUUCUGUGUGGUGUCUCCAAAUGAAGAUUUAAUAACAUUUUCUGGACUGCAUGCAAUGUCCACAUUGACCCAAUUCAGCAUUCACUCUAUUGUGAUAAUACCUCUAAGCAUCCAUGCUUCCCCAGCUUGGCAUCUACCCCAGCAUCUGCUUUAACAAGGAAGGUGACUAAGCAGCCAGGACUUGCCCCAUCCAGGGCUGUUAAAAACAGGAAGACCAGAAAUUUCUAUUAACUAGGCUUGCCAGAUAGCCCGCUCCAUUGGCCAUACAAAAAUUGUUAGCAAAAUAGAGCGAGAAGGUACCUUUCCAAACUCCUUCUGUGAGCCAGAAUCAGAGCAGUGAGGCAAAGAGAAAGAAACUGACAGACCAAUCACACUAAUGAAGACUAACAGGAAACUAUUGAAUAAAAUGUGAGCAAAGACGCUGCAGCAAUAUAUUCAAUAGACUAUUUACCCUGACCAGGAAUGCAGGAAUAGAUCAGUGUUAGGAAAAUUACAAACACAAAAAGUAACAACCACGAACCAAGAAUCACAUUAUUUCUAGAAAUGCCACGGAACACAUUUAUUACUUACUCUAUGCCAGACACUGCUGAACCCAAGAGAUACAACUAAGCAAAAAGAAAGACAAUCUCUCUCCUCAAAGAGUUUAUGGAGAAAGAGGAGGUGGGGAGUUAAAGGUACUUAGACCAGAAAAUCAGGAACAGAGUUGGGAGGAGAAUGAAUGUAAGAGGAACUGACCCUUGGAGAAAAAGAAAGACUUUGUAGAAGACUAUUCCAGGAUGUGAGUGGCUGCAGGGCUAAGCUGUCCCAAGGAGAUGCUGCCCUAGAAAAGGAAUGAAGGGAUAGAAGGGAGCUGCUCUAUUGGAAAUAUUUUCUAGGAUGAGAAGAUGCAAGUCGAGGGGAAGUUCCAGGGUGAGAAGGCAGCCGAGUCAUGGUGAUUAGGACUGAAGAGGCAGAAGUAGAGCCAGGACUGGAAUAAAGCAUGGGGGAUCCCAUUCUGUUGCCAAAAUGGAGACCCUUGAAGGAAUUCAACAAUGGGAAGAGGAGGCCAAUAGAGUGGAGGAGUGUUCCAAGAUGAGAAGGCCUAGGACACUGAGGGAAGUUCCAGGACCACCAGUCAGCUGCAUCAAUAGAUGCAGAAAAGGCCCUUAAAAGACGAUGUUAAAUUAUAUUGAAGACACAAACAUUUGUUGGAAUAAAUCAAUUCUUAUUUAUGAUAAACUGAAUUUAUAGAGCUAAAACUAAGAGCUUAUGAUUGUUGUAAUAGAGAAAUACUAGGGAUACUUUGAAUAAGAUCAGGCCCAUUCUUUACAUAUGUAUUUCUAAAAUGACAGCUCUAGUAAUUAAGCAAGAAAAGUAAUUAAGGGAUUAAGUUUAGGCAAAGAGGAGAUAAAAUUUAGAGACAAUAUGAUGGUUUACUGAGAGAAUGAAAGAUGAAAAAAUCAAAUGGCAAUUUCAGCAAAGUUUCAAGUUAUAGAAUAAACCUAUAAAAAUAUCAGCUUUUCUGCAUAUUACUAACAAAAACGUAUGGAAGAAGACAGAAAAAUAAAUUCCAUCAAAAUAACUACAAAAUGUAUAAAAGAUGUGGGAAUUUGUCUACCCAGGAUUUAUAUGAAUAAAACUACAAAA